AUGAAAGACUUAUUCUUCGCAGACAUCAACAGCGCUCACCUCCUGAGACACUACGACAACAAACUGCUAUUGGUCAGCGGAAACAAAAUAAAAUUUUAUACCUACGAGGAAAUAAAGAAGGUGGUUCGGGCGCAAAAUAUUGCCAUAUAUGGCAUCGAUUAUAUAAAUAAAAAUGAAAAAAUUGUGCAUAUUUCGAAUAACGUAAAGUUAAAGUGCCCUAUCAGAAUUAGUGAAGCCCGUUUUGUAGCAACGGACAUACACUCGUUCAACAAAGAUAAAAGUGUAGCUACAGAAGAGAAAAGGGAUCACACCGACCAGGUUGGCAACGCACCUGCAGAAAUUACAACCUCUCAAAACUCACAUGUGGGUGACCCCCACAAUGGUGAUUCGUGUAAUGGUACCUCCUAUAGUGAUAACCUCCCCAAUGGAGAUGCAACAACUACCGGAGAAUCACACAGCGAGAACAAUGCGUUAGGUGAGAAGAAUACGUUAACCCUUAAGCACGACAACAGGGGGAACACCUCCCCCCCUGAUGGAAUAAACCACGUCUGCAUCGCCUUUGAACACGGAAAUGUGUGUAUCUUCUCAGAAGAUGAAGCUAAGAAGGAGUUCAUUUAUGAGAAAUUAAUAUAUAGGAAAGUAUGCGACAUUGUUAAAAUAGAAAUAUUUUCAAUUGAUAACAAUCUGAAGUGCUUAAUUCUUUACAGGGACUAUACCUUAAUUUUGUACCAGGACAGGUACCUAAGUUCUGUUAAACUCCCCACGCAUGAAUAUGCAUAUAAUUUUUGCCUGAGCACGAACUAUCAAAAUAUAGCCGUCUUCAACCACAUCAGUAUGUACAUAUAUGACAUUUCGAAGAAGAAUCUUUGUACGGAGGGCGAGGGGGCUGCGAAUGCGGAGGGUGGAACGCACGAGUCAAUUGGCAACAGCGGGAACAUCGACGAUAAUGGUGAUAAGGGUGAUAGUGGUGGUAACGGUGGAGGCGUCGCCAGCAACAACUGUGUCGAGGUGAAGAACAUCUUCGAACUUUCGAAGAAUUACAAAAAUAUUUUAAGUUGCGACUGGCAUCCGAAAAACCACUGCAUUUCCCUGUGUGGGAAAAAGGCUGUGCGAUACCUAACGAUAUACAACUACAAGGUGUACGAAUUUUCUGGAGCAGAAAUUCACGAAUCCUUUAUCAACGCCAGCAAGUUCAUCACCAUUUCAGACAACGUAAUUUUACUAACCACAUUAAGUUGCGCCGAUUACCUUUUUUGCGUGUGGGAAUUCGAACUGGAAUAUUGCCUCUACAAAUUUAAGAGCGACUAUUUGAUUUCCCACUUUGAUUUGUCCUACUUCAAUGACCAUCUGCAUAUGUCCAUGUUAGCCCAGGAGAAGCAUUUGGCCAAUGUAAAAUUACUAGGGAAAAAAAUCCUGCAAAAAAUCGAGUGGAAUGAUUCAGAAAAGGAGACAAGUAGCGCUGGUGAUGAAUACCAAAAUGAUGGAUCGAACUUGGAGCACUCCGCAACUGGAAAACCAAUUCAUGAGAAGAAAAACAUAAACAACCUUUCUGAUAUUUUGAAAGAUAACAAUAAUUACAACAUGGAGAAGAAGAAAAAAUCCAGCAUGAAGAGCACAUCAACCUUUCUAAAUGAACGGAAUAAAAUGAGCAGUGACUUACCUACGGAGAGUAACGAUAAACGAAGGAAUAGCGAUUCAUAUUCAGGCGAUAUGCACAAUUAUCUGAAUAAUGUAAAAAAGAGGAAAAAGAAAAUAUUCACGGAUGACGAUGAAGAAAUCAAAGACACAUUUAUCAACAGGUCACAUAAAAAAAUUGCAAGGAAUCGUCAUGGAGAUGCGCAAAAUAAAAGGGAAGAUAAACAAGAUGAAGAUUACCAUGAUACCAAGACAGACAAAGACAGCGACGAUCAAUACAAUAGUGAAGAAAAUGAGAAACACAUUUCGCAUAAGAAGAAGAAAUACAAGAAUCAAGAUGAAGAAGACAAUGAGUACAAUCCGAAGCAAUACAAUUUACAAGAUUUUAUAAACAAAAAUAGAGAUGUCAUAAGGAAUAGCAGUAAAGGAGGGCGGAAUGACGACCUACAUUUUGAGGACAGCAAUUAUUUGUUCGAUAAUGAAGAUGACCAGAAAAGCGUAAUAGGAUUUAAUACGUACGUUAAGGACAAAUUUGACCAGCUAAGAGAACUAAAAAAACAAGUAGAUUUGUUGGAAAAGCAGAUUAGUGGUUAUACAAAAAUUAAUCACGACGAUUUUAUUGUGCUCUGUCCAGGAUUAUGUGAAGAACCCGAAAAUAUAAAUGACCAGUGGUGCAUGUUCUGGAAUGAUAUAGGACAUAUAACAAAGAAAAAAGAGGGAAACAAAACCUACAUUUAUGUAUACCUCUUCAGAGGGGAAGAUGUUGGAAAGAAAAAAAUUACAGAUAUUUACAACGUAACGGCUGCAUCGCUAAGUGCCUAUGGAUUUGCUUUAGCAUCCAACCCUUAUGAAAAAUCUUUAUCAAAAAUUAAUAGCAUAUUAUGUUUUCACAAUUUGAGGGAUAAUGUCAUUUGGAACAAAUAUCUCCCAAAGGAUGAAUUCAUAAAAGGAGUAGCCAACGGAAAUAAUUUCGUCGCCAUUGUCACAUCUAGUAAUUUUCUUAGAGUCUAUUCUACAUAUGGAUAUAUAAUCAGUACCUUUCUCCUCAAGGGUUUACCCGUAGCUAUCUGUGCAUAUGAUUACCUCCUUUUUGUUAUUACCUGUCAAUAUAUUUUUGAAGGCGUCUCCACCUAUAACAUAAACAACACAUAUAAUUGUACACUCUACAAAAUAAAUGAAAAUUUUACAAACUUAAAAUCGAACAAAUACAACACAUAUCACAUAACCAUACUUUAUGAUGAUGUUUUAUCUCUCCCCUCCUGUCAUUAUUUGAAUUGGAUUAACAUGUCAAACUUUGGUAUUCCAUAUGUUAGGGACACAUCAAACUUUAUAUAUGGUUUAUACCCUCUUUUUAAAAGCAACACAAACCAUAUUGUGUAUGAUUGGGUCCCAGUUUUUGACUUUAACAAUUUGAACAAAGUAGAACCCAUAGAAGGAAGAGCUACUGGACAGAACUCAAAACAUAACCUUGGCAACAGGAAAGGUAGUAACGAACGCCCUCAUACUCAUGGACAAGAGGAUGCAGAUGAUAUAGUACAAAAUGAACAAGACGUGAAUGAUGAUAACCCCGAUGAUGAUCUUACAUACAGUGAGUGCACCUAUUACCCUCUCUAUUUCGACAAUUUUGAACAAAUCUCUGUUAUCAAAUUAAGGAAAAAUGAAGUGGAACCUAGAUCGAAUAAGAUAGAAAGCUGUCUAGGUUACAACGUAGAAAAGAAGUACAUCCUUUCGAACGAAUGCAACUUGAUUAAGUAUGAAAGAUUUGUUAAGUUGAUACAAACGAACCCGAACCUCUCCCUAGAUAACGAUUCUAACAAUAGCGAGUUUACUUCCUUACCCUGGGAGCAGUACGACGAAUUGCGCUCUCGAGUGGACCUAUUCUGCAAACAGCUAUUUGCCAACAUACACUAUGACUACAUGAAUGAUGGCAAAAAUAAAAGUGCCGCGGAUACGCUAAAGUCGCUAAAUAAAUUAUACGAUAAAUGGAUUAUGAGAAUGUUUGCUAUACUGAAAAAUGAUAAAAAAAAUCAAAAGCUAGCUGUCAAAACUUCGAGGUUAUUCAAAAAUAUUAAAAAUAUGAUGCUGUCCAUAAGUCUUGUGGAUGAUGAAUACAGCACCCUGCACAGCGAAAUUACAAACGAAUAUUUAAAAAGACAAAUAAAAGAUGAAAGCUACAAAAAUUAUGAAGAAAAUUUACAUUACGAUGAAGAUUAUAAAGACGAUGAACAGAAGCGGAAAGAAAUAUACGAAAAGUGCUACAACAAUAGCCAACACAUGUCUGAAGAUGAAAAAAAAAACCUCCCUGAUGUUAAGCCAACCAACCAACAGUACAUCAACGUAGCGAAGACGCAGAUCGAACAUAAGGACAAAAAGGAAAGUGGAUUCCUCGAUAAAUUCUUUACCGGUGUGACGAAAAAUCAAUGUGUCGACAACCUUUUCUCGCAGGAGAAAAAAACUACACAAAUUAAGAAAAAGAAUACCUUGGAAAGUUUCUUCUCCGAGCUGAAAGAGAACUGA